AUUUUUCUAAUGAACUUGCUUCGCAAGUAUCAUGCUAUGGAUUGCCUUAUGGAUUUUUUGGGAUAAUUUGUUGGUCAUUAUCACUUUGUUGCAUUGCUUUAGCAAAAGUGAGAUUUCCUCUGUUUUCACCAUGGUUAUGGUUUAAACCUUAUAAAGCUCAGCAUCCGCUCAUGGCAAUCAUUGUAACUAUCAUGACGGUCGGUCCAACUAUAUAUACUUGUAUUCAUUGUCAUGGUGAAUUAAUGAUUGUGCUUAUUGCCAUCGGUCAACUUACACCAUGGAGUCUCAAAUUCGUGUAUGAUGCUUGGUUUGAAAACAAUGACUUACUAAAUAAUGUAAAUGAUAAUUACCAACCAAAUAAUGUUAUUAACCAAAGUAAAACAGCUAUUAUAUAUUCUUAUAUUGGUUCUUACUUGGGACUGUUGCUAUCUGCUUCUGGCUGGGUUGGCUUGACUGGCAUAAUUAUUAAGUUGAUAAAAUUAGAGAGUAUAGUGGGUCAAUGGAUAUUUUUAAUAUAUUCUGGUCCCCUUUUGCUAUUAACAUUAUUAUAUUUUUGUUCUAAUUAUAGAGGUGGUAUUACUUUUUACCUUUUCUUAAGCAUUCAUAUUAUAGGUUCGCAUAUGAUUCUUGCUUUAGUUUCGAAUAAUUGGAGUGGAAUUAAUUUUUCUCAUAUUGAAAUGGAUUUUGCAAUUGCUUUCUUUAUUGGAAAACGUUUGUUAUUCGUAGAUUUACCUAAUCAUUUCUUUUUGUGA